AUGAACACUCAACAAAGAUACAAGGAUUUUGAGGAUACGGGGUUUACCAUCGAGGGAACCACCCAUUACCAAUAUCGACUACUUGGUCAUUUACAUGCUAAAAUAAUUGUCAUUACUGCCAGCGUCACCACCAACGUAAGCACUACACAGCCCCUGACGGCACCUCUUACCUCACCGUCUGAGUACUCCCUCUACACCAACUGUCUGGGCACCUCCCGUGUUCACCUGCCCAAUGUUCUUGUUGCGUAUUAUGGCUUGGUCGUGGCCGUAGCCUCUUCCGGCGCCUGUUUUGUGACCCCCGUCGCUGCAGAACCCACCGCUUGA